CCGCAUGGGGACCCUGAGGAAAGCACUGGUCGUAGUCGCAGCGCUGGGCGCGGGGGCGGGCGUUGGGUCCGCGCUCUUUGCCUUGGUGACCCCGGGGGAGCUGCAGAAGCAGGCGAUGCUGAAGGAGAUGCCCGAGCAGCACCCGCGGCACAGGGAAGAGAAAGUGCGCGCCCAGCAGCUCGUGAUGGCUACGCUGCAGGAGGCAGCGGCCACGCAAGAGAACGUGGCGUGGAGGAAGAACUGGACAGGCGGCGGCCGGUCCGUGUGAGAGCUGCACGCCGGCUGGGGACGCGGGACUUGUGGCCUGCGGAGCAGCGCGAGCAAGCCGGCUUCAUC